CUUCUCUCAUGACACCAAUUUUUUCUCUUACGAUCUCCUUGGCAAAGAUGAUUUCUCUGUAAUUUCUAUCAAAGUUUCAUCGUCACCAAUAUCUUAAUCCUCCUCCGAUCCUCGCUCCAGCCCGUCACUAUUCGCAUCAAUUCUUGUCUCUGGACGAUCCACUUUCUUGCCCUCCAUGGCUGCACCCUACAAUCGACUUGCUACGGCUUCAUUGCGAACGCUUGCUAAGGCUCCCACGCAAUCCUGCUCCCGACUCCGUGCUUAUCCUCAUGUCGCAAUGAGUUCGUGCCCUCGUUCCAGACUCUACUCCACCUCGACCGAUGCUCCUCGAUUCUCUUACCAUGUCGCAUCCUCCUUCAUUGCCAAGGACAGGCCAUACGACCCCUCUACUCACGUCUUCCACUUCAACCCAUACAAUCGCAUUCAACCCCCUCGAAACCGUCGACCUUCCGCUCGACCCGAAUCUGGGCACGAUGCCUUCUUUGUCAGCCGGAUCAACGACUCCGGGUCAGUAGCCUUUGGCGUUGCUGAUGGUGUUGGGGGCUGGGUAGAUUCCGGUGUCGAUCCCGCUGAUUUCUCACACGGAUUUUGCGAUUAUAUGGCAUUGGCUGCCCACGAACACCAGACUAACUCAGGGCCUCCCUUGACAGCAAGACAGUUGAUGCAGAAGGGAUACGAAGCAAUCUGCAACGACAACAGUCUUCGCGCUGGCGGAAGCACAGCGUGUGUCGCUAUUGCUGGAGCAGAUGGAAACCUGGACGUUGCGAACCUUGGUGAUUCCGGCUUCUUGCAACUUCGACUCAAUGGAGUUCAUACAUAUUCCGAACCUCAAACACACGCCUUCAAUACUCCUUUCCAACUAUCUCUCGUACCUCCCAGCGUUGCUGCUCGCAUGGCAGCGUUUGGUGGUGCUCAGCUUAGCGACCUUCCCAGGGAUGCUGACGUUACCCAACACGCGCUCCGUCACGGCGAUAUUCUUGUUCUUGCGACCGACGGUGUUCUAGACAAUCUCUUUAACCAGGAUAUUCUACGAAUCGCCAGUCGAGUUCUGGUAUCCACAGGCGCCUGGGUAAUGACUGAUGCUGGUGGUGUGCGCGUUGCGGAUUCGCUAGAGCCUCUGGUUGAGUUCCCUGAAGCCUCCGAAGGCAAACGAACAGCUACACUCCAGAGCGCACUCGCUACGGAAAUCGUGACAGCCGCCAAGCGAGCCAGCGUCAACACAAAACUUGAUGGACCAUUCGCCAAGGAGGUCCACAAAUACUACCCCCAAGAAAACUGGCACGGCGGCAAAGUCGACGAUAUUUGUGUCGUGGUGGCAGUAGUUAACGAGACGACCCCUGCUGUAAAGAGCAAGCUAUGAUUUCCUUUGUUAUUCGAUUUACGGCGCGAUUUUAUGAUAGAGCAGAGGACAUCUUAUAAAGACGGGAACGUAAGCAUUUUGGUGAUUUAUUAUCUUGGGACGUUUUGGAGUCAUUAAGUCACAUAGACGGCAGGGGAAGCGCCGGCUUGCUUGAAUCAUGGGGUUGUAUAUGGGCUGGCGUCAAGAGAUGGGAUCAUAUACAUUCUUAAUUCUAA